AUUUAAUAUGGCAACGAAAACUGAUGAUGCUGUGCAAUAUAAUGGUGAAGAUUUGAAAUCUUUUUAUUUCCCAAAUAAAUUUGAUCAUCGAUAAAGUGCUGUUCCAGGAAAUCCUUGUUAUAACUUUAGAUUCAGAAUUUUUAUUUUUUUUACUUACAUUGUUGUUACACAGCUUGGGGAAAUUUUUGGUACUCCAAGUGAUAACAUUAAUGGUAUAUGGGAUUGGGGACACUUAAUUACAACACCAGUUAAUAAAUUAUAUUAAGAACACAGAUGGUAUUAAACUUUGAAUUAUUUUAGGUUCUCUGCCAUGAUGCAAAUAUCGUCUGCACUUAUUUUAGAUUUCGCAUUCUUUUAUGUGUCACUCUAUUGGGUUUUAUACGAAAGAAAUUUUAGAUUGUUUGCAGUUCUUAUCUUAUUCUACGCAAUAAGGGCAGUUCACUUGAACAUAUUCAAAUUAGAGUAUUCACCCAACUACUAUUGGGAAGACCCAUUGGUGCCAAGCCUAGUUGUAAAAUAUGGAAAAUAUUCAGAUUUUUUUUAUUCAGUACAUUCAUUCAAAUAAUCUUAGGGACAUGUUGGCUUUUUAACUAUUUGUGCUCUUGAAAUGAGAAAAGUAGGAAAAAGUUAUAUGGCACUCUUUUUUUUCAUAUGUUCGAUAUUUUAAGCCUUCAUUGUAAUUUCAUUCGCGAUCCAUUAUACUAUUGAUGUAAUUUAUCAUCUAUAUCAAAAAGGUACCAGGAGGAUACAUUUUUUCGCAUUACUUUUUCAAUAUGGUUUGCUAUUGGGAAGCAAAAAUUGAUUUCAUCCUCAAAAGAAUAGCAAAUUGUUUCUCUAGAACAAAUAAAACAAUUAGAAUUGCUUACGAAAAUGACCCCGAAAAAUAAUAACCAACUGCAAUUUGAACAUUCACAAUGUUUAUAUAAAUAAUUUCCUCCA